AUGGUUAUUGGGCGACUACUAUUUCCGCAUUGCUGUUGCUGUUCCUAUCAAAUCCCACCACAUUCCUCCACCUUCGAUUUCUCGUCGUUCUCACGCACCUCCUAUCCUUGGAUUUCUCUUCGCUCGUUCUCCCCUACUCGUGUCGCAUUACACCCGCGCCUCGCACCAUCGCCGCGCCGAAGCCGCCUCGUCGGCGCAACGCGCAACCGCACGCAUCGCCUCAGCCCGCCGCACACUGGCAGUGAAGUCACCCCUGCUAGCACGUCCUACGAGCCUUCACGGGUGGCAGCGGUGAGGGCGCUGCGAGCGGUGAGGGGCGAGCUGGCAGCGCUGCAGCUUGAAGUGGCAGCCGUGCGGGAGGAGGCAGCAGCGAAGCAGAGUUUAACGGAGGAGGUGGAAACGCUGCGGCGGGAAGUGGCGGCGAUGCGGGAGGAGGCGGCCGAGCAGCAGAGACUGGCAGACGAGGUGGCAUCGUUGCAGCUAGAAGUGGCGUCAAUGCGGGAGGUGGCGUCGCAGAAGCAGAGCCUGGCGGACGAGGUGGAGGCGCUGCAGUGGGAAGUGGCGUCCUUGCGGGCGGAUGCAGCAGCAGCGAAGCAGAGCCUGGCGGGCGAGAUGGCAGUGCUGCGGCAGCAAGUGUAUAGGGCGUGGGAGGUGGCGUUCAUGCGGAAAAAGGACGUGCAGCGGGUGAGGGGCGAGGUGGAGGAGAUGAAGAGGGAGCUGGCGGCGGUGAAGGGGGUGAUUGGCAGCGACGAGGACGACAGCCGCGACAUGUGGCACAAGAUCCUGGCAGCAUCGCAGGAGGCGGAGCUAGAGCUGUGUGGGGAGGCAUCGCUGACAGACGCAGUGCUGGCACACGUGGCCGGCAUGACCCGCCUCUCCACCCUCGACCUCUCCAACUCCUCCGGCUUCACCACACAUGGCCUGCAGCACCUCUACGCUAUGCCCAGCCUCACCAGCCUCAUUCUCUACGGCACACCAGUGGGUGGCGGGGGUGACGAGGCAGUAUCUCUCGAUGGCAUCGGUGCAGCGAGCAGUCUCGACUCGCUCGUGUUGGACAACACGAGUGUGCGCGACGGCGAUUUGGAGCCGCUCACUGCGCUCACCUCACUCUCAGACCUCUCCCUGGAUUGCUGUUACAACCUCACCCCGGCUCUCAUGCUGCACGUGGCCCGGUUGACAGGGCUGGAAGAACUAUCCCUGGGCGGAUGUGACAUGGGGGACGAAGUGCUGCCGCUGCUGACCUGCCUGCGCCACCUCUGCUCUUUCACCGCGCCGCGUGGGGUCACUGAUGCCGGCCUGCAGCACUUGCUCGCGCUGCCGUCCCUGCAGAGGCUUUCGCUGUGUGACUGCCUUGGUGUCACCUCUGCUGGCAUGCUGCAUGUGGGCCGCCUCACCAGCCUGCGGGCCCUCUCUCUUCCUAGCACCCGCGUGACAAACGAAGGCCUGCAGCACCUCACCGCGCUCACUGACCUUGUGUCAUUGGUGUUGCCGCCUGGGGUGACAGACGCCGGCAUGGUGCAUGUGGGGCGGCUCACGGGGCUGCAGGUGCUGAGUGUGUAUCACACGACAGUGGGGGAGUACGGGCUGCAGCACCUCACGGCACUAACGCAGCUGGAGUCGCUUGACCUGGCUGAUGACACCACCAUUGACCGCCACGAGCUGCUCACGCGCUUGGGCUGGCAGGACAACAAGAGAGGAGGCUAG